AGUCUACCCCAAUCCCAGCCGCCUGGGAAACAUCCCAAGCGGUGUAAUGUUACAGCGUCAUUGAGAUACAAAUUUUUCGUACGACAGACAACUAAAACAGAAACAACAUGAUUAUUAGGAUACAUCAACUAUUGUUACUAGCUUUGGUAGCUCCAAUUCUGGCUCAGGAGUGGCAAGAUGAAUCUACAUGUGGCCUCCAGUACAAGGGAUCAAGUUCCAUGAUCGUCGGUGGCCAGAUGGCCGAUGAGUUUGAGUACCCAUGGCAAGCAGCUUUCUACCGAGGCGGACGCCGGAUCUGCGGCGCUUCUCUCAUUGAUCCAUACUGGAUCAUCACGGCAGCUCACUGCGUAGAUAUCAUCUUCGAGCCCGAGAUCUUCGAAUUCAGGGUGGGCUCCAAGAGUCUUGUCAAUGAGACCGACUCAACCCAGAUGCGUCGGGCAAUGGAACUCUACGUCCACCCCGACUUCAACCCCUCCACUUUGGACUACGACAUCGCCCUCUUCAAGAUGGAGAAGACGUUCAACCUUUGGGGCGACCACGAGGUGAACACGGUCUGUUUGCCGAAGAAGAGCGACGAGUCGAGGUUCUUGGUCGGCGAAGAUUCAGUCGUCACAGGCUGGGGUGCUCUGGAAGAAAGCGGCCCAAGUCCAACUGAGUUAUACGAGGUCACAGUUCCUAUCUACGACCAGCAUGAAUGCAACGUAUCCUACUCGGGGGAAAUCACUGAUAAUAUGAUAUGUGCUGGAGUGGCAGAGGGAGGAAUCGAUUCUUGCCAGGGUGACAGUGGAGGACCCAUGGUGGCAUAUAAGAACGGCACCACGGACCAGUACUAUCUCAUCGGGAUUGUGAGUUGGGGAUACGGGUGUGCUCGGCCAGGCCUCCCAGGAGUGUAUACCAGGGUCACCGAGUUCGAAGAUUGGAUCAGCCCCAUCUUUAAUGGUGGAAACCCGACAACCAAGGAUGGUACCUGUGAGGCAGACGAGUUCUUAUGCCGAGGUGGAGAGUGUAUAGCCGACAGGUACAGGUGUUCCGGAAGUGGACAGUGCUACCAUGACACGGACGAGGAAUUUUGCGACGGACUCAUGAAGAUGUUCGAUGUCUUCUACUACGAUCGCAUUGACCCAGCCAAUAUCACCAGAACCGACGACAACCAGGCGUCCAAGGAGCUCUGCGCCGACACGUGCCUCGACAUCCGAUGCCGGGCCUUCGAUGUCACCGAGGAGGAUGACGGCGACACCUUUAAAUGCGACUUCGCCAUGGCUGGCUUCCGCACCGUAGCCGAAGCCAACGAUCAAAACAGGACUUUCAACCACUUCGUCUACCAGUCACAAGAACCCGGGAGUGAGCUAAACCAGGCCGCAGGUGUGAUCGGAUCCCCGUCCUAUUUUGAUGCCGAACUUGAGCCUGAUAAUCAGAGAUACACGUGGACCAUCAAUGUGCCCCGCGCGAGCGCCGAUACGACCAAAUUCAAUAUCCUUGCCGUAGAGGGCAACUCCAUGUGCGAGGACGUCGAUAUGGACUACGCGCUCCUGUCCAUCGCCGGCACCAACGAGACUGAGAAGACCUCCUUCUGCCUCAACGAGUAUGCAAUGGGAGCCGAGUUCAUGGUCAAGGGCACCGAGGAGGUCGUCGUCGAGAUGAUGACGUCAAACUCGUCUGCUUACGGAUUCCUCCUCGAGUACGAAGCGAUUUAUGAUUGCAACAAAGUCCACACAUUGGCACCAGGAGCUGUGACGUCACCCAACUAUCCUGCAGAAUAUCCCAACGAUGUUUCCUGUACAACACACCUCAUGGCACCAGAAGGACAGGUAGUGUACUUCAACUUUAAGGCGAUGAACGUCGAGGCCCACCCAUCCUGCAUAUACGACUAUGUCACCCUCUACAAUGGUCCGGACCAGAACGCUUCUACUCUCGUUGGUCGUUACUGCGGCAGUAAUGUGCCCACGACAAUGUUCCAGUCGACGGGGCGGGACAUGUUUAUCAUGUUUUCUUCGGAUGGGUCGGUAACGAAUACAGGAUUCAAAGCCGAUUUUAACUUUGACAUCGCUCGUGAACCGACUUCGGACCCGGACAUCGCCGUUAUCAACUCUCUGGAGAGCGAAUUAUCCGCGUUCAAGUUCGGAAUCGCGGCAGCCUGUAUAUUCGGUGCUCUCCUUAUAAUGGUGGUUUCAGCGUCACUCUACACCGUCACUCAACGCGACGCUAUGAACGCUGCGAAACUGGCAGACAUAGAGGGUGCAGAAGACGCAAAACCCGGCUAUCACACACUCGACGAUGACGAGGAAGGCGAUGACCCCUACACCUCGAUUACCGACACCCGCAACGCCAACGGCAUCACCAAAGUCACAGAUAGUCAAGGAACACAAGCAACCAAGGCCGGUAUCGUAGCCGAGACCGGUCACGGUUAUGCCGCCGUAAAAGCCAACGGCGACGUUACCAGCUACGUCGUCAAUGACGAGGUCGAUAGCGGCGCCGCUGUCAACAAGGGAUUCGUUGAGGACGAGGGCCUGGCUGAAGAGGCGGCCGCCGCCGUGGCUGCUUUUGACGCAGCCGUCGUCGAUUCGAACGAGGGCAUGCUGGAAGACAAGGAAGAAGAUAACUCCGGCUACCAGAACAUUGUUGUUGCUGCUGAUAUCAGCCCCCUACCGAAGGAGAAUACGGAAGAAGAGGCCUUCCCCCACCCUCCUCUACUUGGUGAAACUGAUAGUAUGCCGCCGCCACCAGAAGAAACACCACCUCCACCACCCCCUCCGGAAACCGAGACUAGCACACCCAAAGACAACAACGAAGACAACUCAGCGCUGUAGUGCACAACAGGAAUAACAUCAAUUGCUCAGCGCAAAUUGGGGGUAGGGUGCACAAAACGUGUUAAUGAUGAAAGCUGUUGAAUCAAAGAAGGCUUAAAUUCUACCUUUUACGCGGGGAAAAAAUAUUACACCGAACAGACAGUGGCAUGCCCCUGAUAAAGAAUCCAUGCUAGUUUUCCUGUGGAUAUACAGAUCUGGGCCCAUAUUCAGUAAACACUAAAGCUCGUUGUCAACUAAUUACAUAGGCUAAAGUAUAUAGUUAGUUGCCAAUUGGGAUAAGAAAGGUUUUAUGUAUGAGCCCCGAACACCAAAUUGAUUCUCUCUUCAUGUGCAUUGCCAUGAUUAUACUAAAGGAAUAGUUUUCGCCCUACCGAAGAGUCCUUGUCUCGAAAACAUUUUUUCCUAUUAUUAAAGAGUUUAUUACCUGUCGACUCCUAUUUUUUCAUCACUCUUAUAAUUCCUUAUAUUAAAGAUUAUAUUAGAGUAUAGGAAUAAACCAAAUUCACCCCCAAAUUAAUUACAUCUUCUGAAAACGGGUAUCAUGGAUAAGAAAAGAAAAAGUACAUGAACAACAAGUACACCUGUAUCCGUGAUUUUAUUACACAUUUUAGUUCCGAAAAUAUCUAAUGACAUGUAUCCAAUUUUUUAAUUUAACGCGACCAAAACCAAUUCUAUAUUGAUGAUGAGAUUCUAAAUUCCAAUAAAAUAAUCACAUGAAAUCGCUCAUCCUUUUGGUACCAUACGGAUGCUAUAUGACAUUAUUUUCGUAGAGGCAACUGAAAGCAUAUACGUUAUAUUUCGAAUGCCUUUGUUCAAGAUGUUCAUAUUGGUAUUGACAGUGUCUAUUAGUCUUAUCAUUUGAGGAAUUAAGAAUGUACGGCAAUUUUUUUGUCUAUAUAUGUAUAUAACAAUAAGAAGAUUUUGUAUAUAUUUUCAUUUUUGCCAACUGUUUAGCGGGCUGUUUAGGUUUCGAACCAUUUUUGAAACCGUAAUAUUUUCAAACAGUAUUCACUUAGCGAUUACAAUGGCAUAUGAAGCACGUGUAAUGAGUUGUUGCCUGUUAAUUUGAUAAAAAUGAAAGUGUUAUGGUCCUAAGAAUUUAUGCAUUUCAAGUAUAUUAUCACAUAUUAUAUUUUCCAAACUCAUUUGAGUACAUUGCUUUGAAUCAUACCUCAAAAUGUCCACAUGUUUUGCUUCUUGAUGAAUAUAAUGUAUACUUUAGAUUUAAUUUCAUAUAGUUUUCUUCGUCAUUUAUAUUUCAUUCGACUUUAUUACUGUACAAUGCAUGCAAAGGCCGAGAGUAAACGAUGUUAGUCGUAGAAUAAAACAAGAAAUUGAUGGGAAAUAAUAUAUAAACUGGAUUUUUCCUUUCCGGCGUUUCCUUCUCGGGAUUUUGUAUGCAAGGAAUAUUUUAUUGCACAAUAAAAAUAAAUGCAGGCAACGUAA